UAUUCCUGCACAGGAAUAUUUCGAUCCUAUUCCCGCAGGGUCGAUUUUGCUGCUGGGGCAGGAUCUACUUGCGAAUUGGGUGCACAGUAAAAUGAUAGGAAUGGUGUGCAGGAAUAGGUCCCAUCACUAUAGUGUGUAGUGUACAAGUGUGUACAUACAUAGUAUGUAUAUAUGCAUUUACAUGGAUAUGCGCAUAGUGUAUUCAUACAUGGUGCCGACAUAUAACCUAAGUACGAAGAUAACUGAAGAUAAUCAUCAAAGUGUAACCUAUCGUUAGGUUAAUCUACAUUAACCGUGCAUGAUUUUUAAUACUUUUGUUCGAAUGAUAAACAAAAUUUACAAUGAAGACACAAAAUUGGAGAGAAUUAGAAAUACCUUUAAGUGAUCCCAUAUUGAAAACCAUUGAAGAACUGAAAUAUCCAUAUAUGACACCAGUGCAGGCUGCUUCCAUACCGCUAUUAUUAAAGGGUAAAGAUGUUGCAGCGGAAGCAGUAACAGGUAGUGGAAAGACGAUUGCUUUCAUAGUACCUGUAUUAGAAAUUUUACAGAAACAAAAAGUGACAUGGAAAUCAACAGAAGUUGGAGCAAUAAUAAUUAGUCCAACAAGAGAACUAGCAAUACAAAUAUAUGAUGUAUUACAAAAAUUUUUAAAUAACCUUCCACAAUUAAAACAAAUAUUACUUGUCGGUGGCAUAACGAUCGCAGAAGAUGUGGCAAGACUUAAAACUGGGGCUAACAUUAUAAUAGCAACACCCGGUAGAUUAGAAGAUAUAAUAUCAAAUUGUAAAAUUAUCAAUUUGGCUGCACGUCUAAGAUCAUUGGAAAUAUUAAUCUUAGAUGAAGCAGAUAGAUUAUUGGAUUUAGGCUUUUCUGCGACGCUAGAUACAAUAUUAAGCUACUUGCCUCGUCUCAGAAGAACGGGUUUAUUCUCUGCAACGCAAACAAAGGAACUGCAGCAGCUAAUUAGAGCAGGAUUGAGAAAUCCAGCUUUAGUAUCUGUUAAAGAAAAACCAAAUAUUUCAACACCUUCGAAUUUAGUAAAUAAUUAUGCCAUUGUGAAUGUAGAGUACAAAUUUUCUGCAAUGAUAGACUUUAUACAACAAAAGGGAACUAAGUUAAAGUACAUGAUCUUUUUAUCUACUUGUGCUUGCGUAGACUAUUUCAGUCGCAUUGUUGAAGAAAUGUUGCCGUCGGUUCAAAUACUUGCGAUACAUGGUAAAAUGAAAAAUAAGAGAUAUAAAAUUUUUAACGAGUUUCGACGUAUCGAAAGUGGCAUUUUAAUUUGCACAGAUGUAAUGGCUCGUGGUGUAGACAUUUCAGAAAUCAAUUGGGUAUUACAGUACGAUCCUCCUUGCUCGGCUAGUAGUUUUGUCCACAGAUGUGGUAGAACUGCCAGAAUUGGAAGUGAAGGAAGCGCACUGAUAUUCCUUCUGGAAACAGAAGAUGCAUAUGUAGAUUUCAUUAAACGAAAUCAAAAGGUGGAUUUAAGGAAAAUACAUGUAGAACCAUCUAUGCUUUUACAUGAAAAAUGUUUAAAAUGCAUGAGAGAUUUACAGAAGAGAGAUCGAUUAGUUUUCGACAAAGCUAACAGAGCGUUUGUAUCGUAUAUACAAGCAUACAAUAAACACGAAUGUAAUUUAAUAUUGAGAUUAAAAGAUAUCGAUCUGGGCAAACUUGCAAUGAGCUUUGGUUUGUUACGUAUGCCUCGAAUGCCCGAACUUAAAGGAAAAGAUACAGCAUCGUUUGUACAAGAAAAUAUUGACAUUAAUUCAAUCGCCUAUUUAAAUAAACGAAAAGAACAUAAUCGUUUAGAAAAGUUGAAGAUCUUUCAAAACAGUGGAUUAUGGCCCACAGUGUACAAACGUAAACGCAAACAAACUGAACCUUGGUCCGAAACCAAGAAAAGGAAAUUAGAAAAGCAGGAGAAUCGUAAAAAACGAAAAGAAACAAAAAUAAAACAAAAAAUGUCUACGAAUUUAAUAAAAAAACAAAAAAGAAAAGUAAGUCAGCAGGAUAUAGAGGAACUUGCAAAAGACAUAGCGCUGAUAAGAAAACUAAAGAAAAAAAAGAUUUCACAAGAAGAGUUUGACACAGCUUUUGGAAUUGAUUGAAUAGUUUAAUUACAGUGAAAGAUGCGUGAAACAAAAGUCUGUUUAACUACUAUCAAUUUAUUCGCAUACGUAUUCAAAAAGUUAUCAUCCGGUAAAAUCAAGACGGUAAACAAUUGUAGGAGGGUACCGGGUAUAAAUCUCCCGCGAUACUGAACCAGGUUACCUUCAGACAAUGUGUUCCAUAUAUCCAGUAUGAAUCAUUGUCUUGCACAUGUGAAGAUAAGUGUACAGGUGAUAGAAUAUUGCAUAAAGGGUGCCUCAGCUAAAUGGAAUAACAUAAAUAUAUUUGCUUCAGCCACUGUUGUAUGAAAAGAACUUCCUCGGACGAAGUUACAUUAUUUGAGAAAAUAAUAACUUGAAAUAAAUGAUUUUUAAUUCCAGGUCAA